CCGGGUCCUGCCUGUCCCCUCGGGGAGGGAUGAAGCCCCGAGUGCUCUCAGAAGGGACUUGCUGCUCUCUGGACGCUGUUCGUCCUCCCAUGGGCAGGAAUGGUUUCCUCCUGGUGUCUCUCCCUCUAGGCAGAAGACCCGCCAUGCCCAGCAGCCCGUGAGGAAGAGGAGGAGGUGGUCCGUGUGCUGACUCUGCCUCUGCAGGCUCAUCACGCCAUGGAGAAGAUGGAAGAGUUUGUGUAUAAGGUGUGGGAAGGGCGCUGGCGCGUGAUCCCUUACGACGUGCUGCCCGACUGGCUGAAGGACAACGAUUACCUCCUGCAUGGCCACAGGCCUCCCAUGCCGUCCUUCCGAGCCUGCUUCAAGAGCAUCUUCCGAAUACACACCGAGACGGGCAACAUCUGGACGCACUUGCUAGGUUUCGUUUUGUUCCUCUGCCUGGGGAUCCUGACCAUGCUGCGGCCCAACAUGUAUUUCAUGGCUCCUCUCCAGGAGAAGGUGGUGUUCGGGAUGUUCUUCCUGGGAGCAGUGCUGUGCCUCAGCUUCUCCUGGCUUUUCCACACUGUCUACUGUCACUCGGAGAAAGUCUCACGGACUUUUUCGAAGUUGGAUUAUUCAGGAAUUGCACUGCUGAUCAUGGGGAGCUUUGUCCCGUGGCUCUACUAUUCGUUCUACUGCUCUCCACAGCCAAGACUCAUCUACCUCUCCAUCGUCUGUGUCUUGGGCAUCUCUGCCAUCAUUGUUGCUCAGUGGGACCGGUUUGCCACCCCCAAGCACAGGCAGACAAGAGCAGGCGUGUUCCUGGGGCUGGGGCUGAGCGGUGUGGUGCCCACCAUGCACUUCACCAUCGCCGAGGGCUUCGUGAAAGCCACCACCGUCGGCCAGAUGGGCUGGUUCUUCCUCAUGGCCGUGAUGUACAUCACAGGCGCGGGGCUCUACGCCGCCCGCAUACCUGAGCGCUUCUUCCCGGGCAAGUUCGACAUCUGGUUUCAGUCACAUCAGAUCUUCCACGUGCUUGUGGUGGCUGCGGCCUUCGUCCACUUCUACGGGGUGUCGAACCUGCAGGAGUUUCGCUACGGACUCGAAGGGGGGUGCACAGACGACUCUCUCCUCUGAGAGCGCCUGAUUUUAGUACAAGCUUCCUAAGUGCUUUUUAAACUCUGUCUUUGCUAAAAUCAAAGGAAGACUCAAAACUGUUUGGAGUUGUCGGGUUUGUUUGUUUUUUUUUUUUUAAAGGAAAAAAAAAAAACAGAAAAAUUCUUUA